UACUGUCAUGGAAACUGUUGAUGGCAUGAAGAGGACUUAGGCCCAACUCAGUUUAAAAAUAUGGUAUUUAAGUCUGCAUUAGAAAAACAUGCAUUUAGAUCUUUAACAAAUUAAGUUGAAUGAGAGAACUGUAUGAACCAUUUCAAAAACAAGGUUGAACAUAGAGGCUGAUACUGUAUGUGCACCAAAUUCAGGAGUUGGCUCUGGUGAUUCAAAAUCAACUCAUAUCUUAUGUGUUGUGUCUUUGGAUUAUACGUCUAUUUAAAAAGUUUUUGUCAAAACGUUUAAACCCCAUUCAGUCCUCGUAGUCCUUAAGGUCCUGCAUUCAAAUGUUACUUAGGUAAAAGUACAACAGCAUCCAAAUAUACAAGUACCAAAAAGUAAGAGUAGUCAUUACUUUAUAGAACGGCCCAUUUCACAUUAAUGCAUAUUAUAUAAUUGGCUUAUUAUGAAUGUAUAUUUUCAUCAUCACUUUAAAGUUGCAGCUGGUAAAGGUGGAGCUAAUGUUAAGUACCCUGAGGCCUACUUUACAUACUGUUGGGUAGCUUGUGAAUACUGGAGAUCAAUAAAGUCUCGUUGUUAUGAUCUAUUUGUUUUACUCAUCUGAUUCUGAAAAGUAAAAGUUAUCAAAUGCAAGUGGUGCAGUAAAAAAGUACAAUAUUUGCCUCUGAAAUGUAAUGAAGGUGGUCGUCACCCUACUUCCGGAAAAUGCUGUCAUGAUGUCCGGCAAUGCGCCAUCUUGUCUGCAGCCAGGUCUCACGCGCAGCGGCAGAGCAAUUGGGUAAUUAGGUUAGCAGUACAAAAAGUCAUUUGUUGACCCUAUAACCCGUUAUUUUAAUGUAAUUAUUUAUACAGGCAAAUCUAUGAAAAGGUCAUUUAGUUUUUUUAACAACAGAUAACAAGAGUGGUGAAACGGAGAGUAUGAUAGUGCUUCUAAAAAUUAUCUAUGACUGGCCUCUACAACUCACUAGCCACCCCCUGCUGAGUAGCGUUAAAAAUAAUUCCAGUGGCUACAGCUAAGGCUAAGCGAACUUGGCUAACCGGAUCUGUUGACGGAGCCUGGCAUGUCACGUGCUUGCUAGGCACUAACCUGAUGGUUGUGAACUAACAUUAGUGCCGCUUCCAGACUCCGUGGAAGUUAUAACUGACAGCCAUAUCGUUAGCUGGUUAAUUUUGGAUAAAAGUCAUUGGAGAGCGAGAUUAUGUUAGCUAGCUAAGGCUGGAGGAGUUAGCAUUAGCAAAACAAGAGCUCUGCCAGAAGAAUCAGCUGACAGCCCAACAGACCAGCGAUGGAUCAGCUGAAAGUAAAGGAUCGCAUAUUGGAAAACAUCUCCUUGUCUGUCAAGAAGUUGCAGAGUUACUUUGCAGCCUGUGAAGAUGAGACUCCAGCUAUCCGGAAUCAUGACCGAGUUCUGCAGCGCCUCUGUGAACACCUUGACCACGCUCUACUCUAUGGGCUACAGGACAUCUCCUCAGGCUAUUGGGUCCUUGUCCUUCACUUCACCAGGAGAGAGGCUGUCCGUCAGAUAGAUGAACUUCAGCAUAUAGCAACCAACCUUGGUCGAAGCCGUGCAUGGUUAUACCUGGCAUUGAGUGAGAGCUCUUUAGAGAGCUACCUGCGCCUCUUCCAGGAGAACCAAGGAUUACUGCAGAAGUAUUAUUUCAAGAAUGCACUAGUCUGCAGCCAUGACCACCUCACACUCUUCCUUACGCUGGUGUCUGGCUUGGAGUUUAUUCGCUUUGAUCUGGAGCUGGAUGUGCCCUAUCUGGAUGUGGCCCCCUACAUGCCAGAAUACUACAAACCUCAGAACCUGCUGGACUUUGAGGAAAGGCUACCCAGUUCAGACAGCUUAUCCCUGCACUCCUUCACCUCCCUCACCUCCACCAACCUCGAGUGGGAUGACAGUGCCAUAGCCCCCUCCAGUGAAGAUUAUGAUUUCGGUGACAUCUUCCCUGUGUUGCAGUCAUUGCCAAGUGCAGACUGGGGAGAGGGUGACCUGACUGACCAAGCCAGCUGCCUGCGAUCAAGUGGCUCAGAUCCCCAAACGGUCAUCAAUGACAUGGUGGUCCUUUCUGCUGGAACUGUCAAGAUGAAGGUUGCAGCUCAUCUUUCACCACAUAGUCCCACAUCCCGACACAACCCCUUCAAUGAGGACUCUGACACCAACACCUCAGCUGAUGUCACGCCAGUUCAUGUGGCCAGCUGCCAAAACACCACCACCACUGGUGAUGACACGGAGAACACCAGCAAUGAGCUGGAGGUCAUCAGGGUGGCCAGAAGAAAGAGACCAGCCAAGAAGCGACGUGGGAAGGGCUCCACAGAUUCCAGCAGCACCAUCCAUAACUCUGUCUCUGAACACAUGGAACUAGACAACAGCCCCCUGGCCUCGGAGGAUGUGGAUUCAUUAGACUGCACUGUAAUUCAGCUGAAUGGUGAGGAAGAGUUGAGGAGAAGCAGAGUUGGAUCAGAAGUUAUGGAGGAAGGAGAUGAGGACAUGGUAGAAGGCCUACGGCUCCCAGAGAUGACAGACACUUCCAUGGACAGUGUGGGCCAACCCCUACGUGAUGUCAUGGACCGGCUCAAUGGGGCUCUGGAUAAAGGGGAGACCUGGAAGCACCCGGGGGAGGAGAAAGAUAAUGAAGGCUGUAACCAGGGUCCCACGCCUCCUGCACAGCUGCCCUUUCGAGAGGAGUCAGCAGGUGAACCCCCUGACCCAGCCCCAGGAGAGACGUCUGGUGCCCUUCUGGCCAGUGGCCCCAUCGUCCUGCAGGCCUCUCCUGCGCCGACAGACUUAUGCUGCUUUACCUCCAACAGUCCAGAUUCUGCUCCCACAGGUGGUGGCCACUAUGACUCUACAGAGCAUCGCCAGUUGCAGACUCUUUCAGGUGGUCAUGAAAAUGAAGGAGAAGCAAAAGCGCCAGCAGGACAGGAGCCUGAGGUGAAGAAAGUGAAAGAAGACUUGGAAAGAGAAGACAAGGACAAGAACACAUUUACUGAAGAAGCAGAACAACAGCUACAAGAGGAGAAGCUUAGCCCCUCAGAAAGUUCUCACCCUGCAGAGUUUAAGGUUGACAACAAUCACUUGCUUCUUCUCAUGAUCCAUGUAUUCAGAGAGAAUGAAGAGCAGCUCUUUAAGAUGUUGAGGAUGAGUACGGGCCACAUGGAGGGGGACCUGCAGCCUCUUUACCUGCUGCUCACUGACUGUUACAUCUAUCUACUAAGGAAGGGUGCAGCAGAGAAGCCCUACACAGUAGAACAUGCUGUUUCCUAUAAUGAGCUGGACUAUCUUUCAGUCGGCCUUGACCAACAGACAGUGACGCUGGUUUGCACCAACAGACGAAGAAAAUUUUUGUUGGACACAGCUGAUGCCUCACUGACUGUCUGGUUCCUGUCUGUUCUGAAGUCAGCCAUGGUGAAAGGCUGUCGUGAGCCUCCUUACCCCUCUGUUCUGACUGACGCUACCAUGGAAAAACUGGCUCUCACUAAGUUUGUCUCCCAGGAGGCUCAUUGUGAGGUGUCUGAAGUGUCUCUCCAACUCUAUUCACUGGUCCACUGGGAGGAUCCUAUGGACAUGGCUCUGUCACCCCAGGGUAACCUUCCAAGCUCUGGAUUACCUUCCAGCACCAAGGAAGGGACUCUGCAGUACCGGGCUGGAACCACCUACCUGGGAAAAGAACUAUGGAAAAGCUGCUACCUCAUCCUCAGCAAUGGGAUUCUGUAUUUGUAUGCAGACAGAACAGAUAUGACUCCUGUGCUGUCAGUCACUAUGGGAGGAGAGCACUGUGGGGGCUGCCGUCGCUCAAACAGCACAGAGCGCCCCCAUGCCUUCCAAGUCAUCCUGUCGGAGCGCCACCCACUGGAGCUCAGUGCCAAUAAUGAGCAGGACAUGGCUGACUGGAUGCAGCUACUCUGUCAGUCUGUCUCCAAAGGGGUUAUCCCUCAGGGUGUAGCCCCCACCCCAUGUAUCCCAUGUUGCCUGGUUGUGACAGACAAGAAGCUGCUAACUUGCCAUCAGGACUGUCAGACAAGCUUCUUCCGUUCUCUGGGCAGCGCUGACAUCCAUGACGUCAUCACUGUAAGCCUGGAGGCUGACAAGGAGUACUGUGUCAUUGAGUUUACAGCAGAUGGGGCCCAGUUCCUCCCUCCAUGGGUCUUGUACUUCAGCAGCUUUCAAGAGAGAGAUCGACUGCUAGAGGCAUUAAACAAUGCAUGGAGAGCUAUUUUUCAGGUUGACCUUCCCCACAGAGAUGUGUCUGAUCCGUUGGUACACAAGCGUUGUGGUGAGGCCCUCACCCUGAUGAAGAGUGCCUGGCAGAGGGCAGACAGCUUGGCCCGAGGCAGAGCCCAGCGUGAACCCUGGUGCUGAUGGGCACACACACAUUUCAGACAUCCACGCUUACCUGUGGAUAUCCACUGAGACAGACUGGUAGUUCAACUGUCUGGUACAGUUCCAGGAUAGAGUGUGAGAAAGAUUUGUGGAUGUCACAAUCUGUUACUGCAAACCAUUCAGAGUUCUAAGCUGAAAGAUGAACCAAACAGAUGUGGCGCAAGCUUGCGAUGCACGUCCGAGUCGCUGAUGAAAUAUUUCUGUCAAAGGAACUUCCUGCAUUAGUAGUAAAGCAUGUGGUAUAACAGUGAGGCAUUCUCACUUGAAAUGAAAUUAAUGAACUUCCUGCAUAGUGACAGCGUAUUUUAUUUGGUUCUGGCCAUACUAUGCCAAUAUUUCUUUAUCAGAGGUUCUUUAGACAUAGCGAUGUAGAAAAAAAACAUGCUGAAUCAAGGGAAAGUUUGGUGUGCUGUGACAUGUACUAUUCUCCCAGUUGGAAGGAACAGUAAUGGAUAGAUGUACAACUCACAUACAGUAGUUAAGUUACAGGAAGACUGAAACAAGUCAAGUAUGUUUUGCACUCAAAUAUAGCCUGCUGAGUUGAGUCAUUUUCAGUUUGAGAAUUUGGCCUCCACAAAAAAGUAAACAUUGAAUCAUUUUUUAGGUGGAGCAUCUAUCUUAAAAUGAAAACUCAAGUAGAGCUUGCCUUGACUUUGAGAGACAGAACUGAAAAUGAUCUACGUACUUAAUAUUGUACUUUGAAGAAGCUGAGCGGAUCCAGCAGCUUCUCUGCACAGUGUAAUAAGGUACCUGCAAAUGAGUUAUAAUUACUCUGGAUGCCUCUUUUGAUAUAUAUCAAGAAAUCUAUAUAUGACAGGGGCAGUUGCUGCUUGUUUGCAGUGUGGUAUAGUUACUCAUCGUCUGCGCACACACAUAAAUACUGUAGCCUCAGAAUGUGUUCAGAACCCCUGACUCUUUGCACGCUAUUUUAUUCUAAAUGUUUUUUUUGUCAAGCUAAACCCAAUAACCCUUAAUACAAAAGUUAAAAUGUUUAAAACAUUUUUUGUUUACAAAACUGUUACGAAUUUGACUGAACAUACUUUAAAAAGGCACACACCUUUGUGCAUCCCACUGUUGAUACUGAUUGAUAUCGAUAGGCAAACCUUUAAUCAGUUUUACCCAUUUAAAAUAAAAUUUUCAACACUGUUAGCAAGAUUAUGCAAAUGUAUAUUUUUGCUUGCUCACAGUUACAAGAUGUUCUUCUGAACACCAGCUGUGGUAUAAUUGAAAAGCAAAUGUACUGUGCCUUACAGCAUCAACCAUCAGUGAUGAUCCAAGUGAUACUCAGUUUUGGUUGGUAAAAAGAAUUAUUCUCACAUUCACACUGUACAUUUGCCUGAGAGAAUCAGGAUCUUGGUAUGAAACAUACCUGGUUAUUUAACUUGCACUAUUAUAUGACAUACUCCUGGCUGUAUCGUCUAUCUGAAGUCUUGCUUUGCCAGUUUUAAAUGUUGUCACUCAUAUAAAUCAGGAAAUGCAACAGACUUGCCUUUUUUGCCACUCUGUAAAGAUGAGUGGAGGCUUACAUGAAGAUUUGCACAUUGGUUUUGUUCAGUCUUUUUCUUUGUACCAGUAUUUAUAUAUAGAUUUUUUUUUUUCAAUUUUAGAGAAUGUGGGAACAGUUGUUUUUAAAUGAUCUGAUUGGUGAAAUUGUUUUGGUAUUGGCUUUUUUUUUUUUUUUUUUUUUUGCGAGAGCUACAAGUCUUCUCAUUUUUAUUUUACGAGUGGUUGGUGGCAUCACACUGUGCCGUCGAUUACUGACACUAGAUUAGAACAUCCCAUUCAGCACUAGUUAUCAUUUAGUGCUGUAGGACUGGGUGUGAGUUUUAGAAAAUUUUUAAACAAUCUUUUAAUUUCAAGCAAGUGAAACACCUGUUCUUAGCAGUUUACUGCUUUUAAAUGACCUCUAAUAUCAUUUUUUUCCCCCUGGGGCUAUGAAAACGAUUUGAAACCUUUACAUGCAGGUGCCACAGCUUAAUGGCUAUAUAGUCGAUCAGCGGUACAAAUAAGUCUAAAUGAGCAUUCGUACAUGUUUUACCGGAAGGUGGCAGCUAUAGGCUAUUUAUGAUUAAAUUAUUAUUAGACUGUUUGGUACUUUAAUGCAAUGUUAAAAUUAUAGGAUUACUACAAGAAAGAGAACAAAAGCGUCAAAUGGUUUUUUUCUUCUUCUUUUUUAUGGAGGGCUGCCAUUUCCAACAAAACACAAAAUUGAUUGUGUAGUGGAGAAAAAAAAUCCACUGCCAUGAGUGGGCUUACUUAAAAACGGAGUAUCUAUAAAUAGCUAUGCAGCCCUAUCCUUCCUGUGUUUGUGCAAAUGAAAUAAAUAGCCAAAAUGCCGUAGCACCUGGAUGGCCUACAUUUGUAAUAAAUGGAAGCGAUGGACACUACGCUGCCCCGUCACCUCACGGUGGCGACUUUUUUAAGUUUUGAUAUUUUUGCAGUCGAAAAAAGUAAAGCUAGUUUGGAAAUUUGCUUCGAUGUUUUCAGAGAUGUGAUGACCUGUUAAUGUGCCAGCUAGCUAGCUCUACUUAGCUGGCAUAGCUGUGGUCACUGAGUCAGGGAACCACUAGAGAACUGACCCCUGUCCUAAAUUAUAGCCAGUCAGUAGUAAUGUGGCAUGUGUUACAGGCUGUCAUUAACACUUGAUUAGAGUGGCUUGCUACUACUCGGUCAGUGCUCUCAUUGCAAGGAGAAGUGUGAGGUGUCUUUUGCAGUGACAGUGUUGCCUUUUUGACAGCCUUGACUGCACUAGACAACAUGGCUCAUGUGUUUAUAGCUAAAUGAAGCACGGUUUUUCCCUUUGAAAAGCUGCCUUAUGCUGCACAAUUUGGCUGUCUUAGGUUACUGUGGUUUUUGGACAAGUCAGAAACGUGCUUUGUUUGGGACUUAGUGUCAAACCUCUGUACUCUCAGUACAGAUGUAUUACUGCAAUUG